AUGGAAAAACCUAAGCAGGUUUUAUUAGCCACCGCGUUAGUAAAUGCCGAGUCACAAACAGGUGAAUUUCAAGUUAUACGGGCGUUGCUUGAUCAAGGCUCUCAGGCGUGCUUUAUUACCGAAGCCACUGUGCAGCUUUUGAGAUUAAAAAAGAGAUCAAUUCAUGGCGUUAUUUCAGGAUUGGGAGAUAAUAAAUCAGUAACUACCAAAUAUGAGGUCAACUUUACAAUACAGUCGCGUUUUGAUCCUUUGCAUAAAAUACCUAUCAAGGCGUUCGUGUUAAAAAACAUCACUUCAUAUUUGCCUGAAAAGCACAUCAAGUCAAUCAAUUGGAUAGAUUUGCAAUACUUACCGCUAGCGGAUCCUGGGUUCACUGCAUCAGGUAAGAUUGAUUUGCUGAUUAGUGCAGAAGUUUAUAGCUAUAUUCUGAAAGAAGGGUUAAUGAGAAGUCCAACGGGAUCGUUGAUCGCGCAGAACACCACAUUGGGGUGGAUCGUUUCAGGUGUAGUUGACACUGCCAAUGUAAUUGAAGAGAAGAAAAACAAAUCUAAGGCCAUUUCAAGAAAUAUAACUGUCAUGCACGCACAAGUAAAUGAGGACGACAUUUUAAGGAAGUUUUGGGAAAUUGAAGAACAACUACCUGAUAAACGGACUAUCCUAACCGAAGAAGAACAACGCUGUGAGGACUUCUUUACAAGUACCACAGUGAGAACACCCGAAGGUCGUUACAUUGUGAGGUUACCAUUUCGUGAAGAUCAACCGCAAUGCACGAAUCACGGGUCUAGAGAUAUCGCAGAAGCUAGAUUUAGAUCUUUGGAAAAAAGAUUCGCAAAGGACAAACACCUAAAAGAAAAGUACACAGAAGUAAUAAAUGAAUAUCUAACUUUAGACCACAUGAGGCCAGCCAAUGAGAACAUAAAGGAAAAUGAAGCAACUUAUUUACCACAUCACGCUGUUGUACGAGAUGAUAAAACGACAACAAAGGUUCGAGUGGUAUUUAAUGCCUCAGAGAAGAACAAGAAAGGCGUAUCAUUAAAUGAUACUCUUAUGAUUGGCCCCACCAUACAAGCGGACCUUCGCCAUACUGUGAUGCGAUGGAGAGAACACCCGAUUGCAUUAGUAGCGGACAUCGUCAAAAUGUAUCGCCAGGUUUUAGUAGCAGAGGAAGAUGUGAAGUACCAACGUAUCCUGUGGCGCGACGAACCUGAAAAACAAAUAAAAGAAUAUGAAUUACUGACAGUUACUUUUGGAACAGCAUCGGCGCCUUACCUUGCGGUCAGAGUGUUGCAGCAAAUCGCUAUGGACGAAGGCCAAGAAGUUCCUCAAGCUGCUGAAAGGAUUCUACAGAGCUUUUAUAUGGACGAUCUGAUGACUGGUUGUUCAAGCGCCGAAGAAGGUGUGGAGCUCUAUAAUCAGUUAAGCAAAAUAUUAGAAAAAGGCGGAUUUAAAUUACAAAAGUGGAACAGUAAUGAUAAAACGUUAGUUGAAACUAUCAAGGAGAUGGAAAGGGAAAGUGACGGGUUAGUGACGGAGGAGGUGACAGAAGGAAUUAAGGACAGUAGUAAUACACAAGAAACAGAACUAAAGCUCAAAUUAGACCAAACAGUAAAAAUAUUAGGACUUACCUGGAACCGCGACGACGACUUCCUGCAGUACUCGGUGAUCCUUCCUCCAGCAACCGCACCUGUAACAAAAAGAACAAUUAUAGGAGAUAUAGCGAGACUGUUCGACCCACUAGGAUGGAUAGCGCCUACAAUCAUCAUAGCAAAGAUUUUUAUUCAGCGUUUAUGGUUAGCUGGUGUAGGUUGGGACGAACAGCUUUCUAACGAACUAUUAGAUGAAUGGAACACUUACCGAAGAACAUUAUUGGAUUUAACAAAAAUCAGGAUUCCACGUUGGCUUGGUACUUGUCCAGAUGACGUCCAAGUCGAACUUCACGGGUUUUGCGAUGCGUCCAAGGCAGCCUACUCAGCAGUUAUCUAUUUAAGGACAAUCAACAUACAAGGACAAGUGAAUGUAUCACUUCUAACUGCCAAAACAAGAGUAGCGCCUAUCAAGCAAGUGAGCAUCCCAAAGCUGGAACUAUGUGGAGCGGUUCUGUUGUCAAGAUUGAUAACUGAGACUGCUAAGGUUCUUAACAUUCCCAAGGACAAGGUUAAAGCGUGGACCGAUUCCACCAUUGUUCUUGCAUGGUUGAAUGCUCACCCCAGUAAAUGGAAAACCUAUGUAGCCAACAGGACCUCGGAAAUUCUAACAAACAUGAACUCAUCGCAAUGGAGCCAUAUUUCUACGAAGCACAACCCUGCCGAUUUAGCUUCUCGAGGAGUUUUGCCGGUUCCUUUAGCUGAGAGUAGCUUAUGGUUCAAAGGGCCACAGAUAAUUCAAGAACAAAUCAUAACUUACCCUAGAGCGACGGAUUUGAAGGGCACCCUUGAAGAAUCAGCCGGUAGAACUUAUGUUGCAACCAUCCCGGAUGAUACGAUUUUCAAAAGAUUUUCUUCACUGUCGAAAUUACUGAGAGUCGUAGCAUACUGUAGAAGGUUCAUAAGACGAACAAGGUCCACAUAUUUACGCAAGGAUGAAAUUGAUGAAGCUCUACAGUGCUGUAUUAGACAAGCUCAAAGAGAAUCAUUUCCAUCUGAAUAUGCUCAAUUGUUGGUUGGAAAUUCGGAACACAAGUUAAGUUCAUUGAGAUCACUAUGUCCAUAUUUAGACGACAACAAGAUCAUCAGAGUCACAGGUAGAUUGCAAAAAGCACAAGGAGAUGAGAACUUUAAGCAUCCAAUAAUUUUGCCAAAGAAUCACCAACUCACCAAGUUGAUAGUAGCUGACGCACAUGAAAGAACGUUGCACGGCGGUCCCCAGUUAAUGAUAAAUUAUCUGCGGUCUGCUUACUGGAUAAUUUCAGUCAGAACAAUUGUGAGACAGCACGUUCAUGCAUGUGUGAUCUGUGCUAAACAAAAGGCUCAGACCAAGGCUCAAUUUAUGGGCUCAUUGCCUUCAGUAAGAUGCACGCCAGCUAGACCAUUUCUUCACAGUGGUUUAGAUUAUGCUGGACCCAUCAAUAUAAGGACAUCCAAGGGUAGAGGUCAUCGCUCUUAUAAAGGAUACAUCUCAUUGUUUGUAUGCAUGAGUACGCGCGCUAUUCAUCUCGAGCUGGUGAGUGAUAUGACCUCUCAAGCUUUUCUUGCAGCGUUUAAGCGUUUCACUGCUCGUCGAGGACAUUGUACCGACAUUUGGAGCGAUAACGGUACAACGUUUGUAGGAGCAAGCAAAGAGUUGCAGCAAUUGAGUUCCAUCCAAGAACCCAUUGUACAAAAUCUUGAAAUGAAUGGCACUACGUGGCAUUUCAUUCCCCCCCAUGCCCCCAAUUUCGGAGGUAUCUGGGAGGCUGGAGUGAAAUCUACUAAAUUUCACCUCAAACGCAUGGCGCUGUACGUUAUUAACUCGCGCAAGUGA